AGAUUUCCUUCUAAAACUCGCUUACCUUCCAAUUUUCUUUUAAAUUUUUCUGCUGGAACGUUUUAGGUCUCUACGUCUCAGCUUCCAUUACCAAAGCUCUAACAUCGAAGACCAAAACGACGGCAAAUAGAAAGAGCUGCCAACCAUGAAGAUAAUGGUAGCCGUAAAGCGAGUCGUGGACUACGCCGUUAAGAUCAGAGUCAAACCUGACAAGAGUGGGGUUGAGAUCCAGAACGUGAAGAUGUCUAUGAAUCCGUUUUGCGAGAUAGCUUUGGAAGAGGCUUUGAGAAUUAAGGAAGCUGGGUUGGCAAAGGAGGUUGUGGCGGUUAGUAUGGGACCCGCCAACUGUGUGGAUACUCUGCGGACGGGUCUUGCUAUGGGUGCUGAUAGAGGGAUCCACGUGGAAGCUGCUCGUGAAUUGAUUCCCCUCACUGUUGCUAAGAUUUUGAAGAAGCUUGUUGAGGUUGAGAAUCCUGGGUUGCUCAUUCUUGGAAAGCAGGCAAUUGAUGAUGACUGCAAUCAAACAGGGCAAAUGAUAGCUGGGUUGCUUGGAUGGCCGCAAGGAACCUUUGCUUCAAAGGUUGUGCUGGACAAGGAGAAACAGGUGGCAACAGUAGAUAGAGAGGUGGAUGGUGGUCUUGAAACACUGUGUUUGGACUUACCUGCUGUGAUCACCACUGAUCUAAGACUGAACCAGCCAAGAUAUGCAACCCUUCCCAACAUAAUGAAGGCAAAAUCAAAGCCCAUAAAAAAAUAUUCACCGGAAGAGUUGAAUGUGGAAAUCAAAUCUGACUUAGAGGUCGUUCAAGUCACAGAACCGCCCAAGAGAAAAGCAGGAGUAAUUCUGUCAUCGGUUGAUGAGCUGAUCGACAAGCUUCAAAAUGAAGCUCAUGUAAUUUGAAAAUUCCUCACUUCUCUGACAAGUGGUCCAGCUGAUUCUUAGCUUCUUCAAAUAAUUGAUCACACCGAACUCAAACUAAAAGUUUACAGAAAUGAAAGUCUAUAACAUUUCCCAGUUCAAUAAAAUUCUGCAUAUUAGUAUGGAGAGUAUGUUCUAUGAA